UAUAAAACUUUGAAAACUUAAAACCACAUAUUCAAACGAUAAGAAGGAUCAAAUUGCCUUGUGGACUCGCUUUGUCUAACGUAGAAAACGGGAACGGAAACAAAAUGGAGAGGAAACAGGAAGUAGAGUUGGCCCGAUGACAUAAGCACUCCACACCGUUUACCGAGGCUCUGUUUCUAUUCACAGCGCAAACGACAGCAGCUUGCGCACAGCCCAUGCGUUCGUGGAAACAGCUACAACCUCGCCAAGGCACCCCAACUACCGUAUCGCUUGUCUCCCUGCCUGCCCACCUUUACCUACCUUCCCGCGUGCAUGUCUCGUUACCUUAUCUGCGGCACUUACCCUAAUUGACCCAUGUGCAAGUAGCUUGGGUCAGUACCUACCUAGGUAGGUUGGCAGGUUUAAAAGGGCAUUCGGAGAGCUGACAUCCAUUCAAUGCCAAGAUUCCACAUGGGCAGAAUUCUUUCUUUCAUAACUGCAGGAACCUAACACCACGGCAUCCUUUCUCCUUGCUCUCUUACCUAUGUCCUACCUAAGCAGGUCCCUUACCUUAGUUACCUCGGCACCGAACACUGGAUUUGCCGGUCGCUUCUGAACAAUCGAUAAAAAGCACAGUCUUUCAUUGUCCCCCUACCAUACCUACGCGCUCGCCUGGAUUGACAACCGUCUCUGGUUCCCUGUCCUAAGCUGUCCGCUCGCUAUCCCCUCUCUCCUCUGUAUAUACGCCUAUACCAUUGACUACAUACCUGACCUUGCCUGCCUACCGAGGUACACCUCCUUCAAGCCUGCCUGUUGACAAUGAGCCAGUCGCCCACUGAAAAUGGGCCCCCCUUCGUCAGCCUCUUCUCAACCUGCUACGCCCAAGGUCACCUUGGCCGAAGCAAGUGAGGUGAGAGCCCUUGAUGCCAAUAUAUAUUCUGCGAAUUUCCACAAGGCAUUUCGAAUUGCCAUGGUACCCCAUGGAGGCUACGUUGCAACAUGCUUCCUCCGUGUGGCGGCACUUCACCUUCGCCGGUCCUCCCGUGACCAGCCAGACACGAUGACUGCACACCUCGAGUAUCUGGACCGCACCGAGGUGGGACCCGCCAUCUUCGUUGUCGAAGAGAUGAAGGCUGGCAGACAGACCACAGUCCUGCAAAUCACGCUCUAUCAAGCACGCGAUGGAGUCAAAAAUCCGCUGCCAACCUCGGCCCCGUGGCUCCCGGCCGAUGGCACGGCAAAGCGUGAGGUAGUGGCCUUUGUUAAAAACACGGAUUUUGACAAGCUGGAGGGCUUAACGCUCAAGACUGGCUUCAAGCUCGAGCCACCGCCCGAUGCUAUGCCCCCCAGCCUUGCGCGCAUGCGCCAGGGCCACGACCCGCUCUGGUGUCGAUAUCCCGCACCUGCCCACCAUCGUGCCUUGACCCAGCCUGCGUUCAAAGCCCUCGAAUAUUACAGCCCAAGGGCAGAGUCCAAAGCCGGCCCGACUGCCGCAGCAGGUCUCCUCGACAGAUGGAUCCGGUUCGCAAACGGGGAAAGGUUCACCGGCGAAUCUCUGGGUUUCGUGGCAGACGCGUGGCCCAUGAUCGUCGAGUCCUACCGCCCGGACCCGCCACCUACGGACGAUGAGACGGAAGCAAGCCAGACGCCAUUCCCUUGGGACUCACUAUUCUGGUAUCCCACUCUCAACAUGAGCCUGGAAGUCAAAAAACGACUGCCUGACCAAGGCGUUGAGUGGUUAUUCUUUCGCGUGCAGACCAAGCAGAUUCGCAAUGGGCGCAUGGAUAUGGAGAUUGUUGUGCUCGACGAGACGGGGGAUCUAGUUGCCCUUGCGACUCAUGUAUGUCUAGUUCUUGGACUUUCCCGCAACCUCGCUGGGCGCGUCAAGCACAACGAGACCAUACGCAGUACCAAAGAUGAGGGCGGUUUGAUGAAGGGCAAGAGCCGCAUCUGAGUACAGUGUGGGUUGGAUAGGCGGACGAAAUACAAACGCAUCCCGUUCACAUUUUGGCUUUGCACUCUAUUGUUCGGUCACUGGAGGCGCUAUCUAUCAUACGGCUUGCUUCAUUCCGCUGGUGUCGUGCUAAAUUUGGUCGAGUGGCUGGUUGAUUGCACAUCUCCUGUGGAAAAAGAGAUGGGUCCAGUCCGGAAAAUGCACCUCUGCGGCUGAUCAAGCCAAUCAGAUGUAAAAUUGCAUCUUGUGCCACAGGUUUUCUAGGCAGACAAACAAGAGGCCUGGGGCAGUUGGACGCGCCAGCCACGCCGACCUCCUGGCAUAAUGCACUCGAUAGUUUUGGGUUGGUGGCGUACGCCACAACGAACAGUUUCCCCUGGAACCAUGACGCAAAGAUGACUACCUGUAGUCCGUUUCCAGGCUAAAAGUCCAAUGAAAUAAGCACAUACAAAGCCCUGAUGCUUCUACGGAGGGUAGGACCACCCUAAAAAUUCUCCUCGAGCUUACCAACGUCAACCUGCCAAGAUAGCCACCGGUGCCACAAGGGGCCAGAACACUCACGAGCAGUGCAUUUCUUCCCCAAACAGUUUCUUUAUUAACGCCUUACAUUGACGGAGAACGGGCGUAUCAAAACGUACAGCUCCCUGACCCACCGGAACUCUGAAUCGCUACCCGAAAAUGUCCGAGUUCUAGGGUCUAUCGUAGUGCGUUGUGGGGGGAAAGCCUCACUCGACUAGGUACCUACGUACUACGUACAUCCGGAGAUGCCACUAAGGACCUGAAUCGUUAGUCUUCGUUGCAACGUUCAGCUGUCUGUCUUGUGGAGAAGACCAAGAAUGGUUGGCUAUUUGGAGACCAGCUUUUCUUUUUUUUUUUUUUUUUUUUUUUUUG